UGCUAUGCUUACUCCAUCCUCUCCAGAUCGAAUCACGGUAUGGGUUUUCGAACUAUCCAAUAACUUGCCUCACUUUGUAAAACGCGACGAUAUACAACCUCGAGAUUACGUACUGAAUACUCAAGCAACAACAAUACACCAAUCACUUCCCCGAUAUUUGUUUCGUGACCAAUGGAUACCACUCGUUAACCGAUACACUUGCAAUUUUUUCCAAGGAAAGGGCAGAGUGAGACUGGGAGCAAAAAGUCGAUAUAAAGAAUCGCUAUACUUGUCGUUUCUGAAGAAUCUUACACCGACCGAAAGAAGAGUUAGGAGCAAGCCAAGUCCCGUCUGCAACAAUGAAGCUCUCCAUCGCCGCCCUCAGUGCAGCCAUCGUCGGUUUCACCGUCGCUACUCCAUUGCCAGAGGACUCGGGAUAUGUGGACACGUUUGUUCGAGAGGAGCCCAUUGGAUACUGCAUCCCACUUGGAGAAGGAUACGCACCACCCCCCGAAGAAGAUACCACCUUCUCCUCAUCCCCAAUCUACACCAACAUUUCCAAAGCAGCGCUCACCCCCGACACCUAUAUCCGGACCUUCUCAGACGAAUCCGCCGCCGUCUUCCGUCCAGACCACUACCUCCACCGCGUCGAGCUCACCUCGUACAGCCCCCUCAUGUGCUCUUUCCUCUGCGACACGCACGACACCGCCUGCUGGGCCUUCAACCUCUACGUUGAGCGCGCCCCUACCAAAGUCCCCGGUCCUGCGUGUCCCAACCCGGACCCGACAUAUCGCUACCAGUGUGUCUUGUACGAUACGCCCAUCUCCAAGUCGGAUGUCGAGAACGAUGGACAGAAAGCCGCAGGAUUCGACGUUGAGGUUAGGGGGAGCAAUGGUCAGUUUUUCCUCUCUCUUUUUAUUUUUCUUCUGUGUUGUGUGGGUGUCGUGUAUUGUAUCUUCAUACUCCUUCUUGUUUUGUGUGUCGUUGGGAUUCUGUUUUACGAUUUUAUUUUGAUGGAUGUGCGUCCGCUUGUCUUUGCGGUUCUUGUGCUAGAGGAGGUGUUGACGUGGCGUAUUUGUUGGGCGUGUACUGUGGUUUAGAGACUUUACGUUGGCUGACUUGGUUCUGGGGGGAUCGUUGCCCCUGGUGUUGCAGGUUACAUCAAAUACCUCAAACACAACAAGACGAAACCUGUUGUGGUGAC